UCUCACUGCCUCGCUCGCCCCCCUCCACUCUCCGCCGCCGCCGCGCCAACCUCCGAGCUCUGCUCCCCAGAAGACGAGGCGAGCCACGAGCUCAUCGCCGGCGGCGGAAACCCCUCGCUGUCUCGUCAACAGAGGCUAGGAGAGAGAGGUAGAGCUCCUCCGGCGAUGGAGUACGUGAACCCUCUCACCGGCUUCCGCGUCGACGGCCGGCGCCCCAACGAGAUGCGGCAGCUCAAGGGCGAGGUGGGCGUCGUCGCCAGGGCAGACGGAUCGGCGCUGUUCGAGAUGGGCAACACCAGGGUCAUUGCCGCUGUCUACGGCCCUCGAGAGGUCCAGAACAAAGGUCAGCAAGUCAACAGCAAAGAUGCUUUGGUGCGUUGUGAGUAUAGGAUGGCAGAUUUUAGUACUGGGGAUCGAAGGAGAAAGCCAAAGGGUGACAGGCGAUCAACAGAAAUUUCACUUGUUAUCCGGCAAACAAUGGAGGCAAGCAUUUUAACACAUUUAAUGCCACGUUCACAGAUUGAUAUAUUUGUCCAAGUUCUUCAAGCUGAUGGUGGUACAAGGGCUGCAUGCAUCAAUGCUGCUACAUUAGCACUUGCAGAUGCUGGGAUUCCCAUGCGAGACAUUGUUACAUCUUGCAGUGCUGGUUAUCUGUGUUCUACUCCUUUGCUUGAUCUGAAUUAUAUAGAAGACAGUGCUGGAGGUCCAGAUGUCACUGUUGGCUUUCUUACAAAGAUGGACAAAGUUACUCUUCUGCAGAUGGAUGCAAAAUUACCAAUGGAUACAUUUGAAACUGUAAUGGACCUUGCAAUUGAAGGCUGCAAAGCUAUCGCAAACUACAUCCGAGAGGUGCUAUUGGAGAACACAAGACGGCUGGAGUGCCAGCGUGGUUAGUUAACGCUAGUAGGUGAUGCCCUUCAAUUGAGCCACCUUUGACUGGUCUUGUGACAAGCAAAUUCCCUAGAGAUUCAAAGAUUAAUGGUGCGAUCCAAAUACAUAAUGAAAGAUGGUCAACAUAUCACUAGAAUUUAGAUUAUGCUGAUUAAGAACAAUUUCUCUGCCAGAUAUUUGCCAUCAGAUUCAAAAUUAUGUGGAGCUGGAAACUGCAAUCAUCAAUGCUCAACUAUGGAGUGAUUUGCUGAUCAUUUACUGUUAUACUUGUUAUCUCUGCUUGUGAUUUCAUAUCAGUGAUGAUUAGGUUCUCACGUGCUUUUGGUGUUAUCUUUA